AUGAAGCCAACAUCAAUCGCAGUACGGCCGAAGCCAAGAUCUGUUUGCCAGCUAUGCGACUAUAUUCGUGGCCAGUCCACCAGACAGGGACGAACUCUGCGCACCUCGACUCUCAUACGAACCACGGCACCACUUCCACAGCUACGCCCACAGCUACAGCCUCAGAAACAGCAACGCGUUGGGAGCAUCGUUACCUCAAGACCAGCGAGCAGGAUUAAUACCGCACCUACAAAAGAUGAAAGCUACAACUCAGGCGCCGAAGCAGCGCUCGAAGUCGCGAAUGCUCAGAAAGCCAUCAAUGCCAUCCUCACCCACGACCAGGUCCCCUCAGAAGAAGCCACCUUAGCAGCUCUUAGAGCCUGCGAGAGCGCAGCACGACGCCUAACAAACAGGACCGGAGAGCCACCACCAAAGCGUAAAGACGACACCACGCCCGCCUCCGCCCUCCUGUCCCUCGACUCGCGGCCCACGCCCUCAGAAGCCCUCUCCAAACCCAUCGACCUCCUCUCCAACCUCGCCUACAAGCUCCUCCUCCACCCUCCCGUCUUCAUCUCGCCCGACAUCCUAAAGACCUACGUAAUCACACAAGCCCUUCUCGAGCGCCCCUCCACCUUCCCCGAAGUCUUCGCCCUCUACGCCACCAAGCCCGUCCCACAACCCUCAACACACCCACCGCGCUACAAAACCCCCAACCCACGCGCCGCCCGCGCCGCCAUCCCAACCGACAUCGCCAACCUAGCCCUGGGCGUCGCUCUCGCGACCAAGGACCUCCACACCGCCCUCUCCAUCAUCGAGACCUCCUUCCGCGCCCCGGCCUACCGCCGCAACAAGGUCCUGCGCAAGGCCGUCCCGCCGCUCCUUGGCGCCGCGUUCGCGCCCCUGGCCGCUUACACCGUCGCGGCGCAGCUGAGCAGCUACCAAGAAACCAUGGACCCCGCGCUGGCGACCAAGAUAGCGUUUGCAGGAAUCCUAACCUACGUAGGCGCGACGGCGACGAUUGGAGUUGUGGCGGUCGCGACGGCGAAUGACCAGAUGGAGCGCGUGACGUGGGCGACGGGGAUGCCGCUUAGGGAGCGGUGGUUAAGGGAGGAUGAGAGGGCGGCGGUGGAUCGGGUGGCGUGUGCGUGGGGGUUUCACGAGAUGUGGAGGAGGGGCGAGGAGGAAGGGGCCGAAUGGGAUGCACUGAGAGAGUGGGUUGGAUUGAGGGGGAUGGUGCUUGAUCGGGUGGAGCUGAUGGAGGGGAUGGAGUAG